UAUCUGUCUAAGUCAAAGUCCUUCCUCCGGAUUGCAGCUUCGUUUGAUUAUUUUUAUCCGUAAAAAUAUCGCAUUUCGUACUUUUUCUGUGUGAAAUAACGUAAUUUACGCAUUUACAUAAAAUUUUUGAAGAGAGGAGUACCACGAACCAUCAUGACUGGCGAUUCAGAAAAAACUUAUCGUUUCAAAACUGAAAAUAAAUUCCUCGUCAAAAGCGGUUGUAAAAAACGUAUGUGGCGAUCGCUGAAACAAAUCUUAACAGCUGAGAGGACGCUCCCAUGGCACAACGAUGCUGUUUUAUAUUACUCCAUCAACGCUCCACCCACAUUUAAACCAACCAAGAAAUAUUCAGAUAUAUCCGGGCUUCCUGCUCCAUACAUGGAUCGUCACUCCAAGCUGUUUUACAGUAAUGCGGAAGAAUUUGCAACAGUCAGGAGUUUACCAAUGGAUAUUACAGCGGGAUACCUACAACUGAGAGGAGCUAACACUAUUGUAGGAUGAACAUUCUGAAACAUUGUUCAGAGUAUACAUUUUAUAACCAUCAGGUUCUAAACAAGUGCAGGUGCUAUGUCCUAAAAAGUGAUAUGGGUUGUAAAGUACAACAUCUGUCUAGAUCACAUUGUUAACUUUGUAGUCUUUUCUUGACCAGGAUCUAACAAUAAAGAAUUUAUUUUAUA